AGCGGCCACAAGGAGCAACAGCAACUUCCGGGGCGGGGCUCCGAGGCCUCGCCCUUCGUGUGGGGCAUGUGGGCUGCCCGCACCGCAAAGGUUCACCGUUGCUUGGCCGCUGCUUCCGUCAAUCUGGGACGGGGCUCGAGAUUGGGGGUGACCAUGGCAAAAAGCAAGUUUGAGUACGUGCGGGACUUCGAGGCUGACGACACCUGCCUACCUCACUGCUGGGUGGUGGUGCGGCUGGACGGCCGGAAUUUUCACCGGUUUGCUGAGAAGCACAAUUUUGCAAAACCUAAUGACAGCCGAGCUCUUCACCUGAUGACCAAGUGUGCCCAAACAGUAAUGGGAGAACUGGAGGAUAUCGUGAUUGCAUAUGGACAGAGUGACGAAUACAGCUUUGUGUUCAAGCGGAAGAGCAACUGGUUUAAAAGAAGAGCCAGUAAGUUCAUGACUCUCGUGGCUUCCCAGUUCGCCUCCAGCUAUGUGUUUUAUUGGCGAGAUUUCUUUGAGGACCAGCCCCUUCUGUAUCCCCCAGGCUUUGAUGGAAGAGUUGUGGUGUAUCCUAGCAACCAGACCUUAAAGGACUACCUCAGCUGGAGGCAAGCAGAUUGUCACAUCAAUAAUCUUUAUAAUACAGUUUUUUGGGCACUUAUACAACAGUCUGGACUAACACCAGUACAAGCCCAAGAGCGAUUACAGGGAACUCUUGCAGCAGACAAGAAUGAGAUUUUGUUUUCUCAAUUCAACAUCAACUAUAAUAAUGAGCCACUGAUGUACAGGAAAGGGACUGUGUUGAUUUGGCAGAAGGUGGAUGAAGUCUCAACAAAGGAAGUUAAGCUGCCAGCAGAAAUAGAAGGGACAAAGAUGAGAGUGACCCGGACCAGGGCUAAGCCUUUGCCUUUGCACUGCGACAUCAUUGGGGAUGCUUUCUGGAAGGAACAUCCAGGGAUCCUAGAGGAAGACAGCUGACCCUUCGCCCUUCGAUUCUGGCGUGCUUACAUAUGAAGAAGAGAUUCAGCUCAUGUUUGGUAAUUGCUCAGAUCUCCAAGAAAAAAUAAAGAUUUCAACUCCCU